AUGGUUCGAAAUUAUUCCAUCCACAUAAAAUGCAGCAUUGUGCGACGACCUACGAAUUUUCUCUACUCCAGUGCACAAACAACGAUUACAAUAAGAACUGGCGACGAACUUGAAUAUGCCCCGUAUAAAUGCGGCUACGAGUCGCAAGAGGAAGCGCACAGUUUCAAAUCCGAUUGUCGUCCAGCUUCAGAGUCCACUGCUCAUGUUACCCGGCGGGAUGCGCAAUGCCAUCUAUCAAUUCAACCAUUGUGUGGAGGGCCAAAUCCCCAGAGUACCUCUGAACAUGCUCGCAUCCUGGUCCGACUGCCCUCCAAUCCUCGUCGAAUGGUUGUUGAUCGUUGCAAAAAUCAACCAGACUACUACUUCAUAGAUAGCGAUAUGUUCGACGAGCACGUCAGGCUGUGUGAAGCACACCCCCACCUCGAGGUUAUCGUGUUGUCCAAUAGUCUAAGGAUCACCCAAGGCUGCCGUGGUCUCCUUGUCGCUGGAGCUGCUAUCCAGCUAAUCUUACGAGGAAAAAGGGUGAACUUUAAUGUUGAUGCCACGUUCAUCAGCGACGUCGACAAAGUCGCACGAGGAAUGACGACCCGCCACGGUUUUGGAAGCUUCGAACAGGGCUUCCGCUAUCCUGAUAACCUCAAAUAUUUUCCACAGGAUUUUUACAACGAAGCCGAACUGAGGCACUCGCAAACAGAAAAGAAGAGAGGGUUUGAGAAAUGGUUGGCGCAAAUCAGGGAGUGGUACGAACACGGAAUUUGA